GACAUCACAUUGAUUAACUGCUUAAGUAGUGUCACUGACCAGCAGGAUGCGAGAGUUGUUCCUUUGAAAUUAUGCAAUAUUUAGAUAGUAAAAUUAAAACGGUUAAAAAUUAUCCAGCAAUCUGGUGUCAUGGCGGAAUCAACAAUCUACCCCCAGUUCCAGCUGGGGAAAUCUCGAUUCGACCAGAACACUUUCUCCGGCCGGCUGAGGCACUUCCUGGAUGUGAUCGACCCCCGCACACUUUUGGUAUCUGAGCGUCGUCUGAAGGAGUGCAUGGAACUGCUGGAUGAUUUUAAACAAGGAAACCUUCCACCCGGAGUGUCAAAUGCACAACUUUGGGAAGCUCAGAAAAUCAAACAGGCCGCCGUCCACCCCGACACCGGCGAGAAGAUCCUCAUGCCCUUUCGCAUGUCAGGUUAUGUCCCAUUUGGAACACCAAUAGUCGUGGGUCUUCUCCUUCCCAAUCAGACGCUGGGCUCCACAGUCUUCUGGCAGUGGCUGAACCAGAGCCACAACGCUUGCGUUAACUACUCCAACCGGAACGCCACAAAGCCUGCUGCAGCUUCCAAGUUCCUCCUGGGAUAUCUGGGGGCGGUGACGAGCGCCGUCUCCAUCGCGGUGGGGCUCAAUGUCCUGAUCCGGAGGGCCAACCGGUUCAGUCCGGCGGGUCGGGUGCUGGUGCAGAGGUUUGUCCCGUUCCCGGCUGUGGGCACUGCUGGAGACGGCCCUGACCCGAGUGGUCCUUCCCAUGCCCAUCCUGGUCCUCCCCCCCGUGGUCAUGGCCUUCCUGGAGAGGCUCCCCCUGCUGCAGGCCCACAGGAGGCUGGUGCUGCCGGUGCACAGCCUGGUGUGUCUGGCGGCGUUUGGGCUCGCCCUCCCCCUCGCCAUCAGCCUCUUCCCCCAGAUGUCCCAGAUUGAAGUGUCACAACUGGAGCCAGAGAUCGCCAUGGCAACGAAUGACAAGGCGGUGACCUACAACAAGGGACUGUAACUACCGAAGACAGUGCAGGUGGAUAAGGUCGAGGGCAAACGUGCGACUCCAGUCCCAUAGCGGUCUGAGCCGGUCCGGGUCUUACCGGGAAGCACCCGAUAGUCUUAAAACCUUUGUGUACAGUGCUAUUAUUAUGAGGGCCAGGAAUUAAUGUCUGGCUCUGGCAUCUUAAAUUCUGCCAUAUUCAACUGCAUAAAAUGGGAAAUUCUGUUGACUAGUAAUUAGUUAACUAAUCACGAGUGUGUCCAAGUGAAAUGGUUCAUACCAAUGAGAAGCAAAAUGGGUACAGGAAAUGACAUCAUAACAGUGACUGAACUGAGCCAAAUGCAGAGCUUACAUUUUAAGGAUCCUGAACUGUGAAUAUUAGUGUUUCACCUCUGCGUCUAUAUUUGUACAUGGGGGUGGGUUGGGGUCUGGUCGGAGUGCUGCCGUUCUACAGAAUUUACCUGACCCUGGAGUUAAAGAGACCACGCCCACCCUCGUGUGCUCGUUCCCUCAGCCAAUCACAGAUCCCCACGCCCUCUGAACUGAGAAUUAUCAACGAGGAGCCAAACGUCAGUGCUCUCAAGAACCCCAGUUCCCGAAUCUUGCCAACAACAUUGGUCCAGUUUUUACGUUGGGGGCGUGGCCUGUAAGGAAACCCCGCCCACAGAGGCGGGGGCUUUGCUUUACGGGGAUUUCGGCACCAUGGAUGGAAAGACUUGUACCCUCGGACUUGUGGAAGACUGCCCUCCUUCAGCUAACAGACUUCCAGGCUCCGCCCACAUACCGGUGAAUUAAUUAACAAUGCAAAUUGCUGUGAUAUGCUCCAGUGCGGGUGUCACUGCGGUUUGAUGGUACGCUCCAGGGGUGGCUGCCACCGUAGUUUAAUCACGGCAGAAUUGCUAAAAAAUUGGGUCCGAGGGGACAAGGACUGGCACGGACCUCCCGUGAGGGAUGGCCUCUUCCUCGGUCACCUCGGCAACCGCCUUUCCGUCGCAUCGCUGGACCGUCCAGGUGCCGUCAUGGAAACGCCAUGUCUCAGUCCCGGCGGCCUGCGUGGCGUUCAGAUUUACCGCUCGAACCGUUUCAGGUUUUCAGCCAACGGCAGCGUUCUCGUCCCCGGCUGCGUUUCAGCCCGCCGAGUGCCUUGUGUUGAGGUUCAGCAGGACCUGUGUCGGUUUGAAAGUGGAUCUUGCGGUUGACCUGUUUUGGUUUUCUACGUUUUCGCCAGGUCCGAACACGGGACCUUCAGCAGACACAGCCCCUUACUGCUGACCCGCGAAUGGCCAUGUGCUGAUGUAUCUACUGUGACUCUUGCUUUAUCAAAGUGUUAGGCAAAUAUGUAUUCAACUUUAAGUCUUUAUUGUCCCAUCAGGGGAAAAUUUUUUGCAGCCAGGAGUUUAAGAGAUUACCAAGAAAUACAUAAAAUCUCACGCCAACAAAACCACAUAAAAACAUAAUAGUCAUAACCAAAUGUGAAUGUACCAGAGAUUAAUUGAAAUUGAUUUGAAGUGUUUUUAAGCAAAUAUCAAAUCCAAUCAAGCAGCUUUUUUCAUGAGUAACACUGUUACUGUGGGCUAGUAUUAAUUCUUCAAUGUAGAAGUGUGUGUGUGUGUAUGUGUGUGUUUGUGUGUGCUUGUAAGUUUACAUGGAAGUGCCAUACCUUACACGCAGCGGAAAAUAAAUGAACUAUUUGUCAAUGUUGUGAUUUUUUUGCUGAUGCAUGAUGGAGUUCCGUGUGAGUAAACUUGCCUUUUUUAUUUCGCAUUGCCAUGUGUCUGCCUAGACCAGGGGAUUAGUUUGUUUACCUGGUUGUUAUGGGAACGUAGCAUGUUCGUCCGUUGGAGUGGGCAACGGGGCAAGAACGGACAUGUCGGGGUAUUAAAGGGAAACCGAAUCGCUUUUGGGCCUCAAGAAACUCUCCAAAAACACUUUGGUUACCACCAUUAGUUCUUCUUUCAAGGAAAUUCGGUCAAUGACGUUAGGACAGCUGUUCAGAAAUUGUGAUUAUGUAACCUCAAUUCGAAGUACCAUAGAGUACCGACUUGUGUAAUAUACAAGACACUCCUGCAUUAUUGCUUAUUACACUGCAGUUCCUUGUCCUUUGAUAGUGCAGCGUGGGCACACUGAACUAAAUUGCCCUGGUAAUAUUGUCUUGACCCCCUGCCCCUAGAGUGAAAUGAGCAGUUAUUGCUGUGCUGCAAAACCUGUGCUGUGAAUUAUCGAUUAAAAUUGAUCCCGGGAAAAUGUUGUCAUGUCACCGUCAGACAGAUGAUAGCUUCUAUUCGCAGCCUUCUUCGCUCGGAGUUUGUUUUUUGCGACUCCGCACGGAUCGCUCGCUGUGUGUUAAUUAAUUUUUUAAUCAUGCAAAAUAAAUUGUGUACUUUGGUAAA